AUGCCAAAAGUAACUAAAGGAAAAGGUAAUAAGAAACCUGCAUCAAUAGAGAAAGAAGAACCAAUUAUUACAGUCGUUGACAAAACUGUUAAAAAAGGAAUUAAACGAAAAGCGUCUUCAUCGGUGGGAAAAAAUGUAAAAAAAGUUCCGUCAAUCAAUGAAGAAGCCACAACAGGAACUACUCAAGAAGUUGAAGAUGAAGAAAUUCAAUUACCUCGUACAAUGACAUUAAAAACAUCUGAUCGUUUGUCAACUAAAGGUGAAAAAGCAACAUUAAAACUUGUAUCAUGGAACUUAAAUGGUAUUCGUGCAUGGAUAAAAGGUGAUGGAUUAAAAUAUAUUGAACAAGAACAACCAGACAUGAUAUGUUUUCAAGAAUUAAAAUGUGAUAAAGAAAAAAUUCCAAGUGAAGCAACACCAACUGGUUAUAAAUCUUAUUGGCUUUCUGGUGAUACUGCUGGUUAUUCUGGCGUAGGUCUUUUAACAAAAAUUGAUCCUAUUGAAGUUAAAUUUGGUAUUGGAAUACCUGAACAUGAUAAUGAAGGACGUGUUAUAACAGCUGAAUAUGAAAAAUUUUAUUUUGUUGUUUCAUAUAUACCGAAUAGCGGUAGGAAAUUAGUACGUCUAGAAUAUCGACAAGAAUUUAAUGAAGCAUUUCGAAAUUAUCUCAAAGAAUUAGAUAAAAAGAAACCUGUGAUUUGGUGUGGAGAUUUGAAUGUAUCACAUCAAAGUAUUGAUUUAGCUAAUGCAAAAUCGAAUACAAAAACUGCUGGAUAUACACAAGAAGAACGUGAUGAUUUUACAAAAAUUCUUGCCGAUGGUUUUAUUGAUUCAUUUCGUCAUCUUUAUCCUGAACAACGUGAUGCAUAUACAUUUUGGUCUUAUUUUCGAAGUUCUCGUGAUCGCAAUAUUGGUUGGCGUUUAGAUUAUUUUAUUAUAUCAUCUCGUUUACAAGAAAAUCUCUGUGAUGUUAUACAUCAAACAGGUGUAUAUGGCUCAGAUCAUUGUCCAAUUGUUUUAUUAUUAUCUGUUUAA